CGGACUGACACUGUGCGAGGCUAGAACACGGCCGAUGUUUCAUUACAGUGUAGUUUUCUUUGUUUACUAUCUGUAUUAAGAGCUUGUGGAAAGCAGGAUGUCCUGGUCCAAAGAACAUACAGCGAACUUCAUUGAAAUAUAUCGCGGUAACGAGUGCAUUUGGAAAGUAAAAUCUAAGAACUAUCACAAUAACGGGAAGAGGGAAGCCGCGUACAAGAAAUUACUGGAUUAUGUUCACACAUUUGAACCGUCUGCAACGAAAGACACGCUGUUGAAGAAAAUCAACAAUCUCCGCAGUACGUUCCGGAAGGAACAGAAAAAGGUGAUACGUUCACUGAAAGCAGCGACCGGAAGGCGUGCAGACAACAUUUACUUGCCGAAGUGGUCCCACUACAGUCAGCUGAAGUUUCUACUUGAAAAAGACAAGGAGUCGCUUGAAGAAAGUUCCUGCUUGGACAAUGAUGCCGAAGACGAGAAUGAACUGGGAACUAAAGCCACACCAGAUGAUCUCACUGAGACAGAGUCCAGACAAGAAGAAGCCCAGCGGAACUCGUCGCCAAGUGGGAAUUACUCCUUCAAACUUUCCAAACAUCUGUCCCCUAGCGACCAUACCAUCUAUAGUGUUGGCAAACAGUUGGCAGACGUUAAACAGAAAGAUCACUUGGACUCGUACGCCAAAAGCGUCGCUCAUAAGUUACGAUUACUUGACAACGAGCAGAGGAUUUAUGCUCAAAAACUAAUAAACGACACGUUGUUUGAGGCGGAGCUAGGUAGUUUGACCCGGCACGCUUCUAUCAAUACUGGUUCUCCACACACUUAGUGUGAGCCUGUCUUUCUCUUCUCUGUCGAGUCUAUGGGUUGUGAAGUCAACGAAUGAGCUACAAACUAUAGAGACCAUUGUUUGCAAGCUAUGUCGGUACCUCUUUUAUGGACACCAGUCUAACUCGAAACCCAAAACAAAAAUGCAUAUGGGGCAACCCCUCUUCAUUUUCAAAGACUAGGAUAUUUUAAAUUAGAUUUGCUUGACUAAGAUUCACUAUAAUCUUCUUUUAAGCGUAUCCGAAGACGGUAAAACUAUUGUACAAUAUUACAGGACCUCAAACAAUUUCGACAGUUUUAAAUACUUCUUCAUUCAUCAAAGAAUGUGUUUUCCUUCCUAGCUUAACUUCCUUGUUCAACUCCUCCAUCAAAUCAGCAUUUUCAUAAUGAUCUCUCCCCAAUUUACGCUGGUACUUUUUUUUAAAAGUUGUGGCUUCUGUUGAGGCAAACGAGCACAACUUGUCUCUUUUUUUAAUUCAAGUUAGACAUUUGAUGUUGUUUACCACGAGACUCUCAGGGGAAAGAAAUAUGCCAUAGUGUUCUGGGUUUUGUUUUAUUCAGUAUUUUAAAAUAAUUUUUGUUCCACAUGUUAGUCUGAAGUACGGAGCGCGAGUAAGUUGCAGAGAAUAUUUUCAGUCGGAUAGCGUCUUAACACUGCUAUCUGUAUUAAUUGAUCAUUGUACUGAUUUUGUGUUUAAUAGCCUCAAUUUAUUUAAAUUUCCAGCUCGUAGCUGCAGAACUAGAAACUAAAAUCAGUUAACAAUAGAUAGAUUUAAGUGAAAAAUUUUAACAAUUCAAUUCUUUAUUUUGGCGUUUCAAGAGCAAUACUGUUUAGAACAACACUUGGACGUUGUCUGGUAGUAGAGGCUUUUGUAGUUUGCAAGAAUCUCUAGAGAUUAUUUGUAUAUGAGCUCAAAAUUUACUUAAUUAUUUUUUAUUACAAUUAUGUAUAAUUAUUUGUAUAAAAAUAUAAUGUUCUAUAAUAUAAAAUAAUAAAGUUUAAAUAGUUUAAUUAAAAUAGCAUUAGAAAAACAGUUAUAUUUCGUUACUUUGGUUGUGUACUCGUACAUAUAGUUUUACAAACAUUUUAUUAAAAUAUUGUAUAGAGUAAACUAAAAGGGUUGUCUCAUAACUUCCUAUAAACCACCGCGAAAGGGUUGAAUGUUAAUUUGACUCAGGAAAUUUUGCUAGAAACAAUAUUAAGACGUGUUAUUAGUAUAUAGUUUAUCAUUAGUUGAUAGUUCAACGAAUAAAAAUUUCAUUUUUAAGAAACGAAAGAUUAUGUAACCUUCCCAAUGAGCAAAUUAAAAGUAUUUUGUACUUUUAAA